AUAUCCAUCUCCAUCUCCAUCAAUGAGACAUAAAUUUUGAAGUAUAUUAGUAAAAGACUAUCACGGAAGUUGACACUCACAAAUGACACCACAGCACAACUAACUCCACAGAACAGCAAAAAAGUAUAGAAUCACGUGUUAUUUUGUUAGGGGUGUGUUUGUUUUUUGAGUCAAUGUUAAGUAUUGUGAUUUGAAUCAGGUAAUAAUAAGAAGAGGAUGUUUGGAAACGGUGUGGUUGGGAUAUUAGCAGAAUCUGUGAAUAAAUGGGAAAGAAGAACACCUUUGACUCCAUCACACUGUGCUCGAUUACUUCAUCAUGGAACUGAUGAUGGUGUCUCACGGAUUAUUGUUCAGCCUUCUACUAACAGAAUUCAUCAUGAUGCUCUUUAUGAAGAAGUUGGUUGUCAAAUUUCACAAGACUUGUCACCAUGUGGUCUCAUCCUUGGUAUCAAACAACCAAAGUUAGAGAUGAUAUUACCGGAUAGAGCUUAUGCCUUCUUUUCACAUACUCACAAAGCACAGAAAGAAAAUAUGCCUUUGCUGGAUAAGAUUCUAUCUGAGAGGGCAUCAUUAUAUGACUAUGAAUUGAUUGUUGGUGCAAAUGGGAAAAGGUUACUUGCAUUUGGAAAUUUUGCUGGUAGAGCUGGAAUGAUUGAUUUCUUACGUGGAUUAGGACAGAGGUUUCUAAGUCUUGGAUAUUCAACACCUUUUUUGUCACUUGGAUCAUCAUACAUGUAUCCUUCCUUGGCUGCUGCUAAGGCUGCUGUCAUUUCGGUUGGUGAAGAAAUUGCAACUCAAGGAUUGCCAUUGGGGAUUUGUCCUCUGGUUUUUGCCUUUACUGGUUCAGGAAAUGUUUGCUCUGGUGCACAGGAGAUAUUUAAGCUUCUUCCCCAUACCUUUGUGGAUCCAAGUAGACUAAGUGAACUACAAAAGAUGGUGACAAAUAAACCAAGGCAUGGAUCAAAAAGAAUUUUUCAAGUUUAUGGUUGUACUGUGACUGCUAAAGACAUGGUUGAACCCAAAGAUCCCAUGAAAGUGUUUGACAAAGUAGACUACUAUGCACACCCUGAUCAUUACAAUCCCAUUUUCCAUGAACAAGUAGCACCAUACACAUCUGUUAUUGUUAAUUGCAUGUAUUGGGAGAAAAGAUUUCCUCCACUGUUAAGCUAUAAGCAGAUUCAAGAUUUGAUGAGAAAGGGAUGUCCACUUGUUGGAAUAGCAGACAUAACAUGUGAUAUAGGUGGUUCACUUGAGUUUGUUAACCGCACUACAUCAAUUGAUUCACCCUUCUUCAGAUAUGAUCCAAUAACGGAUUCAUACCACGAUGACAUGGAGGGAAAUGGAGUUAUAUGUUUAGCUGUUGACAUUCUUCCAACAGAAUUUGCAAAAGAGGCUUCUCGAUAUUUUGGAAAUGUACUGUCCCAAUUUGUCACAAAUUUGGCUUCUGCUACAGACAUUACAAACUUGCCUGCUCACUUAAGGAGAGCUUGCAUAGUCCAUGGAGGUGUUCUAACCUCUUUAUAUGAUUACAUACCACGCAUGCUGAAAUCUGAUUCUGAGGAAGUAUCAGAAAACUCGGCAGAUUCUUUAUCUAACAAGAGGAAAUACCAUACAUCGGUAUCUCUGAGUGGUCACUUAUUUGAUAAGUUUUUGAUAAAUGAGGCUCUAGAUAUUAUUGAAGCUGCGGGAGGCUUCUUCCACCUGGUCAAUUGCCAUGUGGGUCAGAGUGUUAAUGCUAUAUCAUACUCUGAACUUGAAGUUAGUGCAGAUGAUAGGGAUGUUCUGGAUCAUAUCAUUGAUUCUUUAACCUCUCUUGCUAAUCCAACUGGAAAUAACAGAUUUUCAAAUCAAAAUAGUAAACUUUCACUUAAGCUUGGUAAAGUUCAAGAUAACGGCAUGGAGAAGGAACCUGAUUCAAAAAAGAAGGCUGCAGUUUUGAUUCUUGGUGCUGGUCGAGUCUGUCAGCCAGCUGCCGAAAUGUUAUCAUCAUUUGGAAGGCAUAAAACAUUGUUGGAAGAGGAUUUUGAAGAUCAGAUUGAUGUUGAUGUCAUUGUGGGAUCUUUGUACCUGAAGGAUGCAGAGCAGAUUGUUGAGGGAAUUCCAAAUGUAACUGGAAUUCAGCUUGAUGUGAUGGAUAGUGCCAAUCUUUUUAAGUGCAUUUCACAGGUGGACGUUGUUAUAAGUUUGCUGCCUGCUAGUUGUCACAUUAACGUAGCAAAUGCUUGCAUUGAGUUGAAAAAACAUUUGGUUACUGCUAGCUAUGUUGAUAGCUCCAUGUCAAUGCUAGAUGAUAAGGCUAAAGAUGCUGGUAUAACAAUUCUUGGUGAGAUGGGCUUGGACCCAGGAAUAGAUCACAUGAUGGCAAUGAAGAUGAUCAACCAAGCACAUAUGAAGAAGGGGACAAUAAAGUCUUUCACUUCAUACUGUGGUGGACUUCCAUCUCCUGAAGAUGCUAAUAACCCAUUAGCAUAUAAAUUCAGCUGGAAUCCGGUAGGGGCCAUCCGAGCUGGGCGCAAUCCUGCCACCUACAAAUACCAUGGUGAAACUGUACAUAUUGAUGGGGACAAUCUUUAUGAUUCAGCUACAAAACUAAGGCUACCUGACUUUCCUGCUUUUGCUUUGGAAUGUCUUCCAAACCGCAACUCUUUACUUUAUGGAGAUUUAUAUGGAAUAGGAACUGAAGCAUCAACAGUCUUUCGCGGAACACUCCGUUAUGAAGGGUUUAGUGAGAUCAUGGGGACACUUUCUAGGAUUGGCUUAUUUAACAAUGAAGUUCGUCCGAUUCUAAAGAAUGAGCAGAGACCAACCUUUAGAAAAUUCAUGUUUGACCUUCUGAAAAUUGUUCAUGAAGAUCCGGAAGGAGCAUUGAUGGGAGAGGAGGACAUCAUAGAAAAGAUAUUGACACUAGGACAUUGCAAAGAUCAAAGAGCUGCAAUGAUGACAGCAAAAACAAUCAUAUUUUUGGGACUUCUUGAUCAAACAGAAAUCCCAGCUUCCUGCCGAAGUGCUUUUGAUGUUGCUUGUUUCCGUAUGGAAGAGAGAUUAUCCUACUCCAGCACAGAAAAGGAUAUGGUGCUUUUGCACCAUGAAGUGGAGAUAGAAUAUCCCGACAGCCAAAUUACAGAGAAGCAUAGAGCUACUUUGCUUGAAUUUGGGAAGACUGUUGAUGGAAAAACCACUACUGCCAUGGCCCUUACUGUUGGUAUUCCAGCUGCUGUUGGAGCUCUGCUCUUACUGACCAACAAAAUUCAGACAAGAGGUGUUUUAAGGCCCAUUCAACCUGAAGUAUACACUCCAGCCCUUGAUAUUAUACAAGCUUAUGGCAUCAAGUUGAUAGAGAAGAGUGAGUAAUUUGUAUAUUUGAAGUUGGUGUUCUGUUUGAUGUAGAGAGGAUGAUGUACUAUAUAAUGUAAAUAAUUUCGACAAUAAUAAUAAUAAUCGGAACUACCAUUCUAUAUCAGCAAUGCAAUAUCAAUUCAUGUUAUGCAUACUGAUCAUGCCUGAUGCUAUAUUAGGAUUUUAA